GUUUUGUUUUUGUCACGUUUUUGUUUGUCAAUUUCAAAUUAUAUAUCAUUUCUAUGGAAAAAUGGAUAAUGUUGAUGAGAAACAACAAAAUCUAAUGGAUUUAAGCAAAGAGGAGUUGAUCGCUCAAAUUCAUUUGAUGAAAAAACAAAAUGAACAAUUACAAAAUACAAUUGACAAAUUGAAAAAUCGUAACCAAUCAAAUCAUGCUCAACAAAAACCACAAAAAGAAUUCGAUUUUUCGCGAUACAAAACUCGACAUGUAAUGUUGAAGUUUCUUUAUCUUGGCUGGAAUUAUGAUGGUUUUACUGUUCAAGAUUCUCUUAAUACAAUCGAAAAGGUUCUUUUCGAAGCGUUGAUCAAAACAAAACUGAUUGAAAGCCGUGAAACAUGCAAUUAUAACCGUUGUGGCCGUACUGAUAAAGGAGUUUCGGCUUUUUGUCAAGUCAUAUCGAUUAGCGUACGAUCCAUCAUGAAACGUGAACCAGAUUUCGAUGAUCAUAUGGAACUAUCCGAUGCUCAAGAAAUGGAUUAUCCUUCCAUAUUGAAUCGAGUAUUACCCCAUGAUAUUCGAAUGAUAUCUUGGGCACCUGUUUCAUCAAAUCCUGUGAUAAGUGCACGUUUCGAUUGCUGCCGCCGUGUUUACCAUUAUUACUUUCCCCGAAUCGAUCUUGAUAUUGAUGCAAUGAACCAAGGAUGUGCUUCAUUGAUUGGUGUUCAUGAUUUUCGAAAUCUAUGCCGAAUGGAUGUCCAGAAUGGUGUUACGAAUUUCGUACGUCGUGUCUAUAGUGCUUCCAUACAACCAUUUGUUGAUGAGCAAGAUUCAUAUUCAUUCUGUUUGUUUCGUAUCGAAGCAUCGGCAUUCCUUUGGCAUCAAAUACGUUACAUAAUGGCUGUUUUAUUUCUUGUUGGCCAACAUCUAGAAUCACCGAAUAUUUUCAAAGAGCUUCUCAACAUUCACAAACAUUCAUCACGGCCUCAAUAUUCGAUGGCUUCAGAUCUGCCAUUAGUACUGUACGAAGCACAUUAUGAUCCGGAUAAAGUACCGAUAUGGAAUCAAGGAAAAGAUAUCGCUAAUACCAUUGCUCAAUUACGCUCCCAAUGGAUGAAAGAAUCAAUUCAAUCGACAAUCAUCAAAUCAAUGAUUGAAUCAUUGAUCAAUUCGGCUGGAAUACGACUGGAAAACGAUACCUAUGGUGGAGUGCGAAAAUUAUUUGGAAAUGCAGCCCGAAAUUAUAAAAAACUAUUGGAUCGUCCUCGUUGUAGUAGCUUUGAAGAUCGAUUAAUCAAAACAUCACAAAAACGUGUCAAAAUUGAAUAAACAAGUUUUAUUGAACAAAAA